AUGAGGCGGAGAGCUCAUCACAGAGCUGUUCCUUGCAGCCCUGGUCCUCCGCAGAGCAUCACUCCGCCUCAUCAGCCAAGGUCCAUUUCCCACCUUCAUACCAGCACAGCCAUGCUGGGCACAGCAGUGCGGCUCUCGGUCCUGCUCGGCCUCCUUGGCGUUGGGAAAAGCCAGAUGUUUCACAUGGGACCAUGUCCAGAUCCACCAGUCCAAGAAAACUUCGAUAUCAACAAGUAUUUGGGGAAAUGGUAUGAGAUAGAGAAGCUGCCGUCAAGUUUCGAGAAAGGAAGUUGCAUCCAGGCAAACUACUCGUUGAAGGAGAAUGGGAAGUUCAAGGUGAUCAACAAGGAGCUGCAUUCCAAUGGCAAGGUCAAUGAAAUUGAAGGAGAAAUCAUGCACAUGGAUGUAAAGGAGCCGGCCAAGCUGGGCGUCCGCUUUAACUGGUUCAUGCCUUCUGCCCCUUACUGGGUCAUCUCCACCGACUAUGAAAACUACUCACUGGUUUACUCCUGUACCAACAUCCUCUGGCUCUUCCACAUUGACUAUGCCUGGAUUAUGUCAAGAACCCCCGAGAUGCACCCAGAAACCGUGGAGCAUCUGAAGAGCGUUCUCCAGUCCUACAAGAUUGACACCGAGAAAAUGAUUCCCACGGAUCAACUUAACUGUCCUCCAGAGAUGUAACUCCUGGCACACAGUGACACAGUGCUAGACCAGCGAUGAACUUUGUUGCUUUCUUUAUUAUCCACUAGAAUUUCUCUGUAUAACAGAGAAAUGUAAUAAUCCUUUUGCUAAUGGUAGUUUGCCAGCCCUGAGUUGCUCCUUGUAGUCAUUCUCUCUGUUGCUCUCCCCUGCUUUUUCAUUUUGCUCUGACUUUUGCAGAGUAACUGACUGAUCCAAAGCUAAUGAGUGAAGAAGAGAAACCCUGAAGUGCAGAUGUGAAGCUCUGCUUGUCACUGUGAGUCCUCCAUUACGUGGAUGGGAAAGGGUAUGAGAUGUGAUGAGCAAGUGUUAGUCCCUGUGGAAAACCUUUUGUCAUGUACCCCCAGGUUUGUUUCUCUUGAUGCUUCUGGGCCUUCUAGGACUCUAUGGUGUCUGAGCUACAUCACAGGUGCUGCCUUCCCAGCGGCAAUCUCCAGACACGGUGGCUGGGCCCUGCAGCCUGGGAACUGAGGUUGGGGAUCUUGAAUGUUUUCUGGUGCAGGCCUGUAGGCAUAUGUUAUUGCCAAGUCAGCAGAGCUCCUUGCUAGAAAUCAGAUCUGGCCCUUUGUAUUUAAAGUCUUAGAAGUCUGAAAAUGUCCGGAAGUUCAGCAUUGCUCCAUCCCCUGUGUCUGUAUGUGACUUGCCUCAAGUGAGGCUGGUCCUGCAUCUGAAGGGGUCAGCUCUGAGAAUACCCGCAGGCAGACAGAGAUGGGUCUGCUCCCUUGUCCUCUCCUCCCAAGGCCUCUCCCUACCGCCGAGAGAUGGCAGGCGCUGCCCGACAUCCUGCUCACUGCUCUGUACGCGCCGAGUGCCUGCUGGCACUGCAUCUGCCCUGGCAGGUGUUCACCAGGCACCGCCACAACUCUGCUUGAAUAGCACUGAUGCAACUCAUUAAAAAUGAAAU